AUGCGGGAGCACAAGAGCGUACUGGACUUUGGCCGAGACUGGAGGGACUGGGAAGUGGACAUUUUUCGGGAUGACGACGUCGUGUCGAAUGCCACGGCGGAAACGGAAACAGGCACCGCGACAAGCAUUGGCGUCGGCAUCGGCAUCGCAGUUGACGAAGAGAGCGUUGAUGACGGCGGGCAGACGCAUACGCCAGCCAGCAGCAGCAGCACAUUGCGGAUACACUCUACGCCAUCGUCUUCUGCGAGGCGGCGAACUGCGCCGGUCCACACUCUCACAGAACCGCGGACACCGUUGCAAUCAAGACCUCAAUCGCAAUGGCAGUGGCAUGAGACGACGAGUUCCAAGGCUGUCAGCGAUGGAUCCCCCGUUUGUGGUGGCUACAGUUGUUAUGGCGCCGGUUGCGCAGCUACCUCUCAUUCUAAUUCCUCCAGCGCUGAAUGCGUCCCUGCGACACCCGAAUCUCCUGUCCGGUUCAGCUACCCCAACCGACGUAGGCCAAAAACAGCCCCCAGUGUGGCCGAGAGCCCCUUGCAGGGGGGUUCACCCAGACCCCCAAGUGAGCCGGGUUCCUUAUUCUCCUUAGCGCGGACCAGUUCCGGGUCCAGGUCCCCAGCCCCAGGGGUUUCUUCCACUCACACUACGCCAAACGCCCUUGGCCUGUACCCGCCCGCCCCAUAUGCAGGAUCAGCGUUAUUAUUUCCAGCGUCAGCUGCUGAUGCGGCACAAGCACAAGCGCAAGCACUACUUGCACCAUCAGCACCAGCACCUGCGCCAGUGCCAGGAACAGUAUCAGCUGCAGGACCAGCGACUGCAGCACCAACAGUACCACCACCGCCGCUUCCUCUUCUUUUCCCUUCACCUCCAACAGCAUCAUCAGCACGCGACCUCCCACCUCCAAUACCCCAGCUGAGACCUCGCUCUCACAAUCCAAUCUUAAUCUCCACCUCCUCGUCAUGCGCCGACCUCAAGCUCUCUGCACGAGCUGACCACGCUCGUUCUCAAAUCAUCACCAAACUCGCCCUCCACCCACUACCGCCAUCACUACCACCCAGCAGCAGCAACGAGUUUGUCGAGGAGGCCGAGUGGGAAACAGACCGUCAGCAACAACAGCAACUCCAAGAAGACGAGGACGAGGAUCGUCGGCACCAGGACCUAGAACAGGAGGACGCUGUCCGUUGGGCCAACGAGGUUGCGCGUCUUGAAGCAGAGACCGAUCGCAUCUUGGCAGAACAGAAGAGGAAGGAUCUCGCUCGACUUCAGGCUCAAUUGGCUGCUGUCCCCGACGCCCCGCCCCGCGUACGAUCGCCUAUUGUCGACAAGUUCGCAUUCUUUCUCAGAAAAGGUCGCAGGUCCGACCCUACCACCCUUUCAAAACCUUCUCCUACAAACUUCCAGCCUCUCCCACCUGAUUAUAGACCAGCCAGUCUCAUGGACCCUACACGCUUUAUCCAAGCCGGCGGCGGUGGCAUUGUGCCCCAGACCGAUGCUCCAAUUACAGCCAGCAACGCUGGUGAGCGCCGAGUGACGAUACGUUGCCUGCAGUCUUCAAUCAGUCUGCCGGUUACCCCCGACACAACCCCAUCGGAUAUUCUGUAUUCGGCUGCCAAUCUCAUGACCCAGAACAUUAACCCAAAAACCAGCAUUGUCGUGGAAUGUUAUUUCGCCUUUGGUCUGGAGCGCCGACUCAGGCGUUAUGAGCGCGUGAGAGACGUCUUGAACUCUUGGGACCGCGACAGCCAGCACUGCCUACUCAUUAUUCCCGGCGACUCUGUCGACAAUAACCCUGACUUGAACAUUGACGUCGUGCCCCGCAGCAUCGACCCCCCACCUGGUCUUGUGAAUUUCUCGCUCUACCAUUCGUCGCGACCAGGCAAAUGGAACAAGCGCUACAUCACAUUGAUGGAAAAUGGACAAGUCUUUUCCGCCAAGAAGAAAGACGCCAAGCUUUCGGACAAGGACUCUGUAUCACUAUGCCAUCUUUCAGAUUUUGAUCUCUACUCAGUCACAGAGAAGGACAUGUUGAAACAGAUCAAAGCACCCAAGUCAAAUACCCUCGCCGUCAAGAGUCAGCAAAAGUCUAGCGUCUUCCAAAACACUGAGAAUUUCAUUCACUUCUUCUCAACAGAUGAUGCUAAAGUUGCAGGCGAAUUCAAGAAAGUUUUGCAUGCAUGGCGCAGUUGGUAUCUGGCCAAUAAGAAGGUCGAUGUGAGCAAGACAAGGAAAACACAACACGGCUCCGGCGACAAGCAGUCUUCCAAGACUACUGGUCUUGCGAGGAGCGGAACUACGCACCGACACAAGGUAUCCGUCGACGAGACCCCUUAUACUAUUGGAACGUUUUCCCCGCUCUUGGACAUGGACCGGUUCGAAAAGCCGAUUGAUGACUUUGGCAAGGACUUGUUGCCAGAGAAGCAAUCAGCACGACAAGCAGAUCACCCUUCUGGAUCCAAACAACACAAGGUCGUCUCCCGGUCGAGGACGACUCCAAAUCUUAGUUCCGCGCACCAGGUGCUGAAGAAGCACUUUGAUCCGUUCUCCAGAGACAAGGAUUUCAAGGCUGGCGGUUUGCUUGGUCGAACGUACGAAGGACGUAAACAGCAGGCAGAGAGGAAUGCGGCAAAUGCUGCUACCGAAGAAUAUUCGCCUGGUAAUCCAUUUACUGGCGGACACUCACUGCUGAACAACUACCCGGAGCCCGAGAGACAGAUGUCGGGACAAACGUCUGGGCUGCCCGAGAGAAGGGGCACUGUUCGCACAUCACGGUCGACGGCGGAGUCCACGACGCAGCCUAGAAGCCGAUCCCGUCCGCCGGUUUCCCUUGCCCCCACAUCAUCACGCCCUAGAACAUCGGAUGGACCAUCACAAGGGAAGCGUGAGAUGCCUCAGCCUCUCGUUGACUUGACGCCAAGGGUUCCCGAUUUGCCCGCCGCCUGGCGAGACGGCCAUGGCCGCGGUGUCAGAGCGCCGAACGGUACUCCCCUUAUUCAAAUGGCAACGGGCUGGGAUAAUGCUCCAGACGCGACGAUGGCACCGCAGCUACCAACAGUUACUCGCAUGGCCACAAACAAAGCGUACCCCCCUCAGCGCAUGGCAUCGCAGUCUGCCGCCACGAGACCCAGGAGUCGCUCCACGGCUGGUAAUGGUGGCACGCCAGUCCGGCGCGUCGUGUCCAAUGAGCAGCCGCCAAUUCCAUCAUUGCCGAGACGCUCAUCAAAGGAGAACGACGAGGACGUUCCCUUGAUUAAUUUUGUGGAUCGCGAAAGAGGGCGCGAUGCUAAGCCGCGCGCAUCACAUGGUCUUGGCCGUAGCGGUACUGUUAGACAUUAA